AUGACGCAAGAUGCCGAAGUGCUCAAGCGCAUCAAGAUGAAGUAUGUCGAGGACGACGAGAAACUCUGCAAGUUUUUGGCGAGCCUGCAGUUGCUACCGCGCUUGCCUCGGCUGCUCGUCAUCGACGACGUGAGCAGCUUCGUGGGCGACAAGGACCCCAAGCGCAUCGCCAGAGUGAUGGCGUUCAUCAAGGAGGCUGCCACCUACGCCGCCACCAAAUCGCGCCACUUCGUGUUGGUCACGAGUGACACUGUGGACGUGGAGGCCAGCUCCCGCAACUUGCAGCUGUACCAGCGCUGGUUCGACUUGAUCUUGCUCAUCCGAGGGCCGCACAACCCACUGCAGCUGACAGUGGAGAGCGUGCACGGACGAGCAGACCCGAAAGGUGUUCACAUGUACUAUGAACUUUCGCCAAGCUACGUGUACUACGUCAACACUGAGCUGGAUGCAUCAGCCGCGGCACACGAAUGA